AUGGCUUUUGUAAAAUGUGGAAAUAAUAGUGAAGUUGGGAAAAGAAAACUUCCUGAAUGCCAGUUGGCUGCUGAUCCUGGUGGCUGCUUCGGAUUCUUCAGACGAUGGUACUAUGACCCAAAAACAGCAAAGUGUAGAACUUUCAUCUGGGGUGGCUGCGAUGGUAAUGAGAACAAUUUUGAGACAGUAUCUGAAUGCCUGUCGCAUUGCCGAGCAGUGGUCACCAUUAUUCAUCACAACGUGGAGAAUUGUGGCCUUGUAGACGGCCAUGAAGCACCUGGAAGCUACGUCGGACACGUGGUAUAUGAAGGCUAUGGUUUCUGGAAGUCAUAUGAUGGUAUAAUGCAGACAUUCUGGGCUGGUGGUAUGGAGGAGAAUGCAUGUUCUUGCUACAAAAACAACUCGUGCAGGCAGGGGAAACGGUGUAACUGUGAUGCCAACCUAAAUAGCUGGCAGCAAGACAGUGGCCUCGUGACAGACAAGUCAGUUCUUCCAGUGCAGAGUGUGUAUUUUGGCGACACAGGGGAUGAGACGGAGCGUGGCUAUCAUACCAUAGGACCACUGCGUUGCUACACAGGAAAGAAGCAAUUGCCGUAUACGGAAAGGAGUCUAUGUAACAUUGACCCUGACCCAGAAAUACCAACCACAAUGCAAUCCAAUGUUGUGAUGACUGUUCUUUCUCCUCCAUCGGGCAAAGUGUACGGGACAUGUGCAGAGAUGUUGAAUGCAGAAUCAACAGUAGGCAAUGGGUUUUACUAUAUCGACCCUGAUGGGCCAGCUGGUAAACUGGAAAAGUUCGUUGUUGAAUGUGACAUGAUUGCUGGAGGCCACUCACUUGUGCACCACUAUGCAGAGGUUUGUGGGUUUGUGAAUGAUACGGAGACUCCAGGCUCCUACCUCAUGCAAGUUUCCUACAGAGAAGCAUCAUUAGAGCAGGUGGUCUCUCUUAUUAGUGCCUCAAAGACAUGUGAUCAGUACAUCAGAUAUGAGUGCAAGGGUAGCCUCUUCCGUAGCUACAUAUUUGAUCCACCCAUAAUUUAUGCAUGGUGGGUAGGUAGAGAUGGCAGUGACCAGAAGACUUACUGGGGUGGUGCUGCACCAAACUCUGACCAGUGUGGCUGCAACAAUGGAAAUUCUUGCCUAAUGAAUGAGAGGUGUAACUGUGAUGUCAACAACUCAACAUUCUGGGCCAUGGAUGCUGGUUUGCUUAGCAAUAAAGAUGACCUCCCAGUCACUCAGCUAAGGUUUGGUGACACUGGAGGCACAGAAGAACAGGGUUAUCACAAGCUAGGUCCAUUGCGUUGUUACGAUG